UGCCGACGAAAUCAGUGUCUUAGCUAGCAAGCUCAGGCGGUCAGGGCGCUGCCGCAGCAACUGAGGAUGGCAGCGCGGAGGCCGCGUGGGGAGGACGACGACGACGAUGAGGGGAUCGGAGCCGAUGAUCAUCUGCACCGCCGUGGCUAUAGACGGAUCCGGCAACCGGCGGUUGCUUUUACCAACAUCGUAAGAAGAGCUGUGGCCCAAGAAACUAUUCAGCAAAUAGUCCACAAUCUGGAGCCGCUUAUUCGUAGAGUGGUGCGUGAGGAAAUUCAGAACAUCUUUUCUCAGAACGAUCAUCACAUACCACUCAGAUCUCUUUCUCCACGCAUCCAAGAGGCUCCUGCCUUUCCUCCUCUGAAGCUAGUCUUUGCUAAGAAGCUGAACCUACCAAUCUUCACAAACAACAAGAUUGUUGAUUUUGAGCAUAACGCUAUUGAAAUCCACCUCGUGAACGCAAGAACCAACUGUAUUAUCCCACCACCAGAUACUCAUCUAGGUUCUUCAUCAGUAAGGCUAGAAGUGCUAGUUCUGGAUGGUGACUUUUGUCGCGAGGACUGGGAUAGGUGGACAGUUGAUCAGUUUAAUGAUGCAAUCGUGAAGGCUAGAGAAGGGAAGAGACCAUUGCUCGUGGGUUCAAUUAAUGUUCCAAUGAACAAUCAUGGAGUGGCUGUGAUUGAUGAUAUAUCUUUCACUGACAAUUCGAGCUGGAUAAGGUGCCGGAGGUUUCGAAUUGGUGUGAGGAUCAUGCCUGAGAGCCAUUUUGGAGCAAGGAUCCAAGAAGCAAUCAGCGAGAGCUUCACUGUCAAAGAUCAUCGAGGCGAAUUGUACAAAAAGCAUUAUCCUCCGUUUCUAACUGACAACAUAUGGAGGCUCGAGAAAAUUGGAAAGGAUGGACCAAUCGACAAGAGGUUGGAGUCCAAGGGCAUCAGGAAUGUCCAGGACUUCCUGAAACUAAACACCAUAGAUCCCGAUAAGCUCAGAGCUCUUGUCGGCAUGUCAGAUAAGCAAUGGAGCGCAACACUUAAUCAUGCGAAAACGUGCGAAAUGGGACAGAAAUGUUAUGUUUUCAAGACUUUAGGGUGUGACAUUACUUUUAACCCUAUAGGAGAGAUCUUGGCAGCAAGAUUUGGAGAUCAGACAUUCCCUUUGGAAGAAUUGCACCCACAGCAACUGUUCCAUGUGAAGCAAUUGGCCACUCAGGCAUACCAGCUGUGGGAUCAACUGGAGGAAGUGACAAAGGAGAGUAAUUCAGGUCGCAAGCCGAGUGAUAGCCAGGAGAGCAUGAUCAGCUCAGGGGCUCAGGACGCCAAGUAUCUUGACUACACCGGAACCGCUACCUCCAGUGCAGCAGCAGCGAUGUCGACCAACAGCAGCAGCACCUCUGAUUCUGCCCCAGCUGCUCCAGCGAACGAUGCUACUAUGUUCUGGAUCCCGAGUAUACCACCUGAUGAUCAGUUCGGCUGGCAGAACUCGAGCGGUUGCUGGGAUCAAGUGGAUUAACCUCUGUUUAGGUCCUGUUUGGAAUAACCGAAGGUUUGAUGUGUAUGCUAUGUUAUACUUGGAACAGGCGGCUUGAUAUGUUUUCUAUAUUGAUAAAAUAAGACUAAGAGAAUGCAAUGUACAAAUAGAGCUACCUUUAUAAUAUCUAAGAAGUCCAACUUA